CAGAGAAGAGAGGUCAUAAAACAAAAAAAUAGAAAUAUGGACUACAGAUAUGACAGCUGAAUGAUAAUUAAAACUAGAAUGACUUCUACGAAUUUAUCACCAAAGCAACUAAAUUUUGCCCACCUCGUUUUAGCAUGUGUGGAUGUUAUCAAACAGCCUCUUAUAGACAUAUUGGAUAUUUACAUCAAACCAAGCGAUCUUUGCAAAAAAGUUAGACAGUCCAAUGAUUUAACGAGCGGACCAUAUAAACUUAAUUCCGAGCAACUAAAGAAAUGUGGAUUUACAUCGCCUUAUCUUCCUAUUUAUAGUCAGUUUGAUGUUACUUUGCUUUAUAAACUUAUAAGAAAUCUCUGCCCGAGGGCACUGACACCCACAAACGGAUGGGGAAAGGAUCCACAAGCGAUUGACACACAGCCUGGAGAUGACAUCGAACGUAUCAGACAGUUUAGAAACGAAAAUGUGGCACAUGUAAACUCUGGAGAGCUUGAUGAUACGAAGUUUGAAGCUAUUUGGAGUGAUUUAGAGGAUGUCGUCAAGAGGAUUCAGAGUUUUACAACAGCAAACGGGUGCAGCUCCGACUUUUUACAACAACUGUCAGAUCUUAAAGGGCGUACUGUUGAAAUUGAUGAAUACACAUCGGUCAUAAAAUCAUUAGAAGAGGAAAUGAAAGAAAAGGUAAAAACAGCAGUUCCAUGGAAUGUGAAAGAAAUAUAUAAAAAAGUUGUCUUGGAAUGGAAACAAAAAGACAAAGUAUACUUUGAAACACACAGCUUUCCAGCGAUGUUUGAACAAGUUAAAAAUCAGCCAUAUGUAACGUUUGUUGGUUCACCAGGCUCAGGAAAAUCAGCCACGGCCCACCACAUUGCACUGAAGCUGCAAAAUGAGGAAGGGUAUGACAUCUUACCAAUUAAAGAAGUAAGCAAAAUAGAACAUUACUGUGAUCCUGAAAGUCCACAAGUGUUUGUCAUUGAUGACGUGGUUGGUGUGUUCGGUCUUAAUAACGGACAGUUUGAAAUGAUAGAAAGGUAUGAAGAUAGAAUUAUCUCAGCUGACAUGUCAAAAACAAAAAUUAUUAUGACAUGUCGAGAGGUCGUUUUUAGAAACGAAACAUUGUCAAAAUGUUUCUUGACCGAAAAUGCGAAUGUUAUUAAGUUACAAAGCGAGGACAACAAGUUAUCCGACGAAGACAAACUUUCUUUACUUGCGAAUUACGGUUUGGAUGUAGGUUUGAUUCCUUCAAAAAGAAUGUCUGAAACAUCAGCCAUGUUUCCAUUUUUAUGCAAAAUGUUUUCAGAACAGAAAUUUAAUGUUCACGGAUAUAGGUUUUUCAUAACACCUAUAAAAUACAUUAAAGAUGCACUUGACGAUAUGCAAACACGAAACCAAAUGCAUUAUUUUUCCUUAGUUUUAUUGAUGCUUCAUCAGAACAAACUGUCCGAGACAGAUUUAGUGAAAGAACUAAUUGAAAACAAACCCAUUGACAUAAACGAUGUUUUCAGAAAAUGCAAAGUUAGUAGUCAUAAAGAUAGUUUUAAAAUAACUGGAGCACUACAAGAAAUGGACGGGACCUACACUCAAACAUGUGAUGACCAGUUCUGUUUUAUACACGACUCCAUGUUUGAAAUCGUUGCAUGCCAGUUUGGUCGUCAAUUUCCGGAACUGGUUUUGAAAUACAUGAGUAGUGAAUUCAUUGCUUACUAUAUAAAGAUAGGCACCAAGGACGGUGAAAUAAAUGACAAUGAAAGCGAAGAAAUGUUAGAGAACAUCGAACAUUUGUCUAUAACAUUGCACGACUCCAAACUCCCGAUGUUUGCUGAACGUUUAUUUAUUGAUCUUAAAGAUGGGAAAUUCAUUGGGAUUUUUAAAUCUCUGAAACAUCCAUCUGUUAUGCAGGCUUUUCAAACAUUAAUUAAGGAAAAACAGUAUGACGAACUAUUUACUGCAUUUCUUUCUAAUAAAAGAGAUGUAAAAAAAGAUGUUCUUUUCAAAUACAGUAUGUUUGAAAUCUGCCUUGAAGAUGAAGAUGUGUGUGAUUUGCUCACCGGCGGAUUGAUCAACAAUGAUGAGCAUAGCAAUUUCGUGAGAGCCAUUUCGUACUUUGUUUUUCGAGGUCAACACGGUAUUCUCCAGCACAUUAUAGAUCAAAUGAUGUUACAGAAAGGAAACAUCAAUGAUCUUUUUCAAAUAUUAUGCAAUGAAAAACAACAAAGUGGUCAAGGUAUGAUCGAGGAUGACACUGGCGCAGAAGUAGAGAGGACUGAAGGUGAUGGCACGACAGUUGAAACAACUACAAAUAAAACCAAGAUUCAGAUAAAGAGUUCACUUUAUUUUAAAAUUGCCGACACAGAUGAAGAAAUCGUGAACAAUGAUCGCACGAGAACAGGUUAUGAAGAUAGAGAAUUAGACAGCAAAUCAGAUAUCGGUAACUGCAUCGAACAAACGACUGUUGAACAAUGGCGUCUAUUUUGUCUCGGAUGUCAUAGUGGUGAUAUAAAUACCGUUAAAAUAUUGCUAAAAUACGUUAAUAAAUCUAUUUUAAACAUUUAUAUGAAUGAUCAAUUAUGUUUUUGGCACUCCGAACAAAAUCCAUUGACCAUUGCCUGCAAAUAUGGAUACUUUGAUAUUGCAAAGGAAUUGAUAAGAGCCGGGACGAAUGUUAACCCAAACAUUGAUGAUAAAUAUGUACAAUCACAUUUAUCAUAUUGUUGUUCAAGUGGUAAAGGACAUUGGGAUAUUGCUAAAGAAUUAAUUAAAGCAGGUGCUGAUGUCAAUAAAGGAAAUGCUUUUGGAAAGCAUUUUAUAGAUGCGUGUAUGAACAAUAAUUUGAGUGCUGUGAGAUUGCUGAUAAAAGCGGGGGCUAAUUUAUAUCUUAAAGACAGAAACAAAGUUUCAUAUGAUGCUAAACAUUUGAGAAUUGCUGAUGAAUUGAUCGAAGCUGACGCUAAUGCAAACUCUGCGAACGGGGUUCAAUCCUCUACGAGGACUUCUUGUGAUGAACAAUCAGAAAAUUUUGAAAUGCGGAACAACGCAGAUAUUGAUAUUAAUCCAAGUCAGAAAAAAACAUCUAUAACAUAUAAAACACCACUGAUUAUAGCAUGCAAAAAAGGAGACCAUCAUAAAGUUAGACUUCUGAUUGAGGCAGGGGCUGAUAUACGUAAAGACGAUGGACAUAGAACGCCGCUUGCUGUUGCCUGUCAGAAUAGAUGUUUGAAGAUAAUUAAAAUGCUUAUUAAAGCUGGGGCAGAUGUCAACCCAAUAAAUGCGAAAAUGUCUCCACUUAUGGUCGCGUGCAAUGACGGUGAUUUACGGUGUGUUCAAGAUUGGAUAAAAAGAGGGGCGUUGCUUAAUUUUAAAACAGAAAACGGAACACCUCUUAUAAUUGCAUGUAAACAAAUAAAUAACAGUGUUUUUGAAGAGUUGAUAAAAGAGGGGGCUGAUGUCAAUCUCGAAGCUAGAGGGGAAAAUCCACUAACAGCUGUUUUAGGUUCUAAAAAAUAUUUUAUUAUAUGCGAUGAAGAACAUACGAUAUAUAGAUUUACAGCCUUGAUACAAGCAGGAGCUGAUGUUAAUCUGAAAGUUGGAGAUAAAACGCCCUUAAUAAUCGCAUGUCAGGAUGGAAACACAAAUAUAGUUGAAGUGUUGAUAAAAGCAGGGGCUGAUGUCAAUCUGGAAGUUGGAGAUAAAACGCCACUUACAGUUGUUCUUAAUUCUUAUGAAAAUAACACUUACUUUGGAAAAUAUCUUAAAAACAAAAUUGAUGUAGUUAAAGUUUUAUUACAAGCGGGAGCUGACUUCAAUCAGAAGGCUGGAGACAAAACACCAUUACUGGUUGCCUGUCAGAAAGGGUAUACUGAUGUUGUUGACGAAUUCAUAAAAGCAGGAGCUGACUUUAAUCUGACAGCUCAAGUAGAAACAAACCUGGAGGUUGUGUGUCAAGAAAGAUAUAGGAAUGACGAAGAGGGGGUUGGACAAAUGGUGAAAGACAUUCAUUUGGAAUUGCAAAACCAGUCACAACUUUUAACUGCUUGUUUUCGUAAACAGUUGACCAUAGCUGACUUGAUAAAAACAAAUGAAGACUCCAUCACCUGUAAGGAUGAUGACAACGUAUCUCGUACAUCUAAAUGUUUAAUUAAACAUUUAGGAGAAAAUGAAGGAUUGAUUAAAUCAUGGGCUUAUUCAAACCCUAAAAAUAUAUUGUCGUUUUUAAUGAAAACUGCCUGCCAAUUUGGCCAUUUCAAUUUAGUUAAAGAAUUGAUAGAAGUUGGAGUUGACAUAAAUCUAAUAGAUGGAAAUGAAACACCACUUAAUAUUGCCUGUCAGAAAGGACAUGUAACUGUUAUCAGAGAGUUGAUUAAAGCAGGUGUUGAUGUGAAUUUGGGAGUUGGGUGUAAAUAUCCACUUACAGUAGCAUGUGAACAGAUGGAAAUUGAUGCAGUAAAAGAGUUAAUACAGGCAGGGGCUGUUGUCAAUUUGGAAGGUAGCAAGAAAACACCACUAACAACUGUUUGUGAGUUAUACAAUAGUCGUGAAGUGUUUGGGACAUUUGAUAUAAAACUGCAAAUAAGUAUAUUGGAAGCGUUGAUAAAAGCAGGAUCUGACGUUGAUAUGAAAGCAGGUGAUGAAACACCACUGAUAAUUGUAUGCAGACAGGGAAACAUUGAUGCAGUAAGAUUGUUGUUAGAAUCAGGGGCUGAUGUCAAUCUGGCAGCUGGAGGUAUAACACCACUAACAGCGGCUUGUGAAAACUGUCAUUUCGAUGAGAUUGAGGAAUUAAUAAAAGCGGCUUGUAAAAACUGUCAUUUAGAUGUGGUUGAGGAAUUAAUAAGAGCGGGGGCUAAUGUCAAUCAAAAGGAUGCACACAAAACACCCCUCACUACUGCAAUAUCUUCGUCGUUGAGAUCUAUAAAAUUUAUUGAGUUUGUUAUCAAAGCAGGGGCUGAUGUUAAUCUGAAAGAUAAGGAUCAUACACCACUAACUUUGGCAUGUCAAGAGGGCAAUUUGCGAAUUAUUGCAGCAUUGAUUAAUGCAGGGGCUGUUGUUAAUCUCAAAGCUUGGCGUAAGAGACCACUAACAGUCGCAUGCACGGAAGGACAUUUUGAUGUUGUAAAAUACCUAAUACAAAGGGGGGCUUGCGUUAAUUUAGAUGACGGAAUUAAAACACCACUAGAAAUAGCGUACGAUAGAAAAUUCAUGCGAAUAGCAGAAUAUCUUAUUAACGCUGGGGCCAGUAUUAAUUUCUUAAAGGAUGUGUUUGCACCAAUAACAGUUGCGUGCCAAAUGGGUCGAAUCAAUGAUGUUAGAAAAAUGAUAAAAGCUGGGACAGAGCUCAAUCCUAGCAAUGUAGAUAAAACACCACUGACAGCUGCAUGUCAGAAAGGACAUUUGAGUUUGGUAAAGGAACUGAUUAAUGCAGGAGCUUCGGUCGAUUUAAUGGAUAGAUUUAGUACUCCCCUUACAACUGCAUGUUUUUGGGGACAUUUGAGUGCGGUUAAAGAGUUGAUUAACGCAGGGGCUUCUGUUGACAAAAUAGAUAAAUACAAUACUCCUCUGACAACUGCAUGCAUUUGGGGACAUCUGGAUAUAGUUAAAGAAUUGAUAAGGGCUGAUUCCAAUGUCAACCUCGAGGAUGUAUAUAAUACACCACUAACAACUGCAUGCUAUUGGGGAGAAUUGGAUAUUGUAAAAGAGUUAUUAGAAUCUGGUGCUGAUGUCAAUCUACAGGAUGAGGAGAACACACCUCUAACUAUUGCAUGUUUGAACAAUCGCAUAGAUAUUGUGAAGGAAUUGACUAAAGCUAAGGCUAAUGUCAAUUUAAAUGCUGGGGGUAACACACCGCUUACAGCUGCGUGUGAAAAGGGAGAUAUAUGUAUAGUAGUAAAGUUAAUAGAAGCAGGGGCUGAUGUCAAUCUCGGAGUUGAAGUUGAAACAACAGAUACAGACGACGAAUUAAUAGACAACAAAUUUGAUAUUAGUGGUGUACUAUGGUUACAAUCGCAGUUCAACGAGGAACGUUAUAUUAUGGUCCAAAACAUACACGUUAUAUAAAAAUGCCCUGGUGUAACGAUGUAAGAUAUUGAUUCAUACGUACACUGUUGACAACUCCGUGUAGAUAUACGCAUGGUUAUAUUAAGUAUUAUUAAAACUUUUAUUAAAAUAAACAAUACUUUUCGUCAGGAAGACGUUAUUUCAUUUGAAACAAAAGAACUGAUUCUCAAAAAUAAUUUUUUAAUCAUUAGUGAUUUAUUUGAAUAUGCAUCAUGAUGCAGCAUGGUCGAUGCUUUAAUUUUUCUUGUAGUUUUGUUUCAUAAACAACAAUAUAUAUUAUGUUUAUGUAACACUGAAACUCUGUUGAGUAAGAGUGAUGAUAGAAUAAAUGUUUGAAAGUAACUUUUUAUGCAAGAGUUAAAGUUCAAGUUAAAAAAAUAAAUUGCAUGGAACAAAUUAUUAUUUCACGAGGGAAAUAAAGUGAUUUUAGUUGAAAUAAAUGAGUUGAACAUGUAAGUGACAGUAAUAUAAGAACAAAGAAAUAUUAUGAUUUUGCUAAAGGUAUAUUCGUUUAAUCAAUUGUUGCUUUUUUUAAAACCAAAACUAUAUGCAUGCUCUGUUAUCAUUUUUCUGAUUUUGUUGAAUGUAUUUUCGUUUAUUCAAUUAUUAUGUUAGUUUUGGAUCUUUAGGCCUUUUUUGUUUUGUAUUGCUUUGAUUUUUAUUUUUUUUUUUUGGUUUGUUGUUUGUUUGUUUGGGUUUUCAUUAAUUAAUGAUGUUACAGAUGAAUGCACUGACCCGUAUGUGUAAAUUAAUUUGUUACAAGAAGCAUUUGUAGAUAUAAUGAAUAGCUUGUGUAGAUGGGUAUGUUUAGUGUUAACUAUGAUGUGAUGUUAACAACUAAACCUACAUGUUAAUUUUUUCUCAACAGAGACUCUUAAAAUUUUUUUUAUUGUUACUUUAUAUGUUAUCUUUUAAGUUGUUCUGUCAAGUAGUAUCAUUAAUGUGUAAAAUAAUAAUACAAUGUAAUUGUAAAUUAUUAAACCUAAAUAAUACAAAGUACACACGAAAGGGUGAAGAAUGUACAACGCCUGUAUUUAUUAUUUGUUCCUGUGUUUCUCUUAAGAUAGAGAAGGUUGCCUUAAACAAUACUCUUUUGUGUCAAUAUACCAAACAAUUAGGUUAAUGUGUUAUAUGGUAGUGUAUUAUUCUUAUUUUUUCUAGCAUUUUUAAAUGGCUGGCUAUUUUAUAUGCUUAAACUUGUAAUGUUACAAUUGAGAAUUUUAAUAAAAGAUAAUUUAUUAAAUGAGAUGAAUCUUAAUGGAAUUUGUUUAAUCUUAUUUGCUACUUCAUAUUUUGUUCUCAAUUUUCACGAGAAUUAUUCAAGGUUAAUAAAAAUUUAAAAUAUAAAAAUUAAAGUGGACUUAUUUUGUCCAAAGUUUGAUACUUUUUUUUCAAUGUGUUGCCACACACUUUUUUUUUAAGGUAAUCUUUAGGUUAGAAUAUAAAAUAUAGUAACACAA